UGAGCACUUCCCAAGCUCCAAGCAUCAGCCAAGGAUAUUCAGUGCAGGAUCUGUGGAUAAACGUGGAGAUGAACUACACAGGGCUGCUGGUGCUGCUUUUGGUGCUCAGUCUCAGUGGCUCAUUUUGUGUAGUGGUUCAGUGGGCAGAGUUAGAUGAAGCAACGGCCUAUUUAAAGAAGUAUGGCUACCUGAGUGAACUUGCUGAUGAUCCACAUGAAUCUCAUUUACUGGAAGAGAUCAUUGAAGCUCUCAGGGUUUUCCAGAGGGUGAAUGACCUGCCACCUACUGGAGAAUUAGAUGAAUCCACCAUGGAUGUGAUGAAGCAGCCCCGCUGUGGCAUUGAGGACCCCUUCAACAAGAGACAACAUAAAUACAGAUUGCUUGGUCAUUGGAGAAAGCGAGCUCUGACCUACCGUAUCUACAACUACACACCUGAUAUGAAGAAGUCAGAGGUGAUGGCAGCCAUCCGGUCUGCCUUCAAGUACUGGUCUGAUGUGGCUGCUUUGACCUUCAGAGAGGUCAACUAUGGCAGAGCGGACAUAAGAAUUUCCUUCCAUAAGAAAGAUGGCUGCCCUCACCCAUUUGAUGGCCCUGGUCAUGUGCUGGCCCAUGCUGAGUCACCAGAAUCUGGUAUUGUCCAUUUUGAUGAGGAUGAGCGGUGGACAGAGGGACAUUAUUAUGGAACUAAUCUGCGUAUUGUAGCUGCCCAUGAGAUCGGCCACGCCCUUGGCUUGGGUCACUCUCAGUUCAGAAGCGCUUUGAUGGCACCGGUCUACAGUGGUUACCGUGUCAACUUUAAGCUGCAUUCAGAUGAUGUGCGAGGCAUCCAGAUGCUUUAUGGCAAACGCAUCAGCAGCACUUCAGCCAGUCCAACAACCCUAGACAGCCUCUUCCCCACAGAAAACAGCCCCGAGGAAAUUCCUGACCCCUGCACUGCGUCACUGGAUGCGAUCAUGUUGGGCCCGUGGAGGAAAACCUAUGCUUUCAGAGGAGAUUACGUGUGGACCGUCUCAGAUCUGGGACACAACAAACCAAUAAGGAUUGACAAGCUGUGGAAGGAACUCCCCGGAAACCUGAGUGCAGCUGUGCACUCACCAAGGACAGACAAGACAUACUUUUUUAAAGGCAGUAAAGUGUGGAGAUAUACCACCUUCACGCUGGACUACGGCUACCCCAAAGAAGUGAAACGAAUCCCUCCUAAUAUUGAUGCAGCCUUGUACUUGAAGAAGAACAAGAAGCUGGUCUUUAUCAAGGGUUCAGAGCACUGGCAGUGGGAUGAGAUGAAGUUCACUAGCAUGAAUAUCUACCCCAAACCACUCUCCAUGCUGUUCACUGGAGUGCCAUCCAGUCCUGAUGCAGCUUUCACUUGGACCAACGACAAGAUCUUCUUCUUCAAGGGAGAUGACUACUGGCGCGUGAACGAGCUGCUCAGCGUAGACAAAGGAUACCCACUGAGCAAGAAAGAGCGCUGGAUGCGAUGCUAAGAAUCCACCAUCAGGGGGCAGCAGAUACCAAGAGGUCUACAGCAGGGGUGCUGGUUCCACUCCUGGGGCAUUCACAACCAUGCAACCUCAACAGCAUUGAUAACUGAUAAUAGUGAAUUAUCAUCUAAAACAAUUAAAACUUGUGUUGAUUGCUUUUUUUCCCCACUGGAUCUUAUUUUGGCCAAGCUACUCCUCUGGUACAAAACUGGCUGAUUUUUAUAUUGUGAGGCUUGAGCCCAAAUGUGUAUUUUUGUGAGUAUUAUGUAAGCUUUUGUAUGAUCUCAGGGAGAAAUCAAGGGAGGCCUUCUGUUUUUCUCUCUAACAUAUGUGUUGGAUUAUAUGUUGUAAUACUUUCAGUAAGAUGUAAUGUGAUGAUGGGAGUGUGCACGUUCUCUUCAGAGUUUUACAUGUUGUGGAACCAAAACACUGCUUAGGUGUGUUCAGUGUUUUUAAAUUAGUGAUACCCAAUGCUUAUGAAUCACACUGGUUUGUGAGAAAACAUGUGUAACAUCUGUCUUCUGGUUUUGUAAGUGAAAAUCUUACAUUAACGUCAGCAGCAAAAUUACUUUACUGAUCAAAAUGCCCUGUCACCCGAAAAAGCAUUGGAAGUAAUGUUCAGUAAUGAUGAAAGGCCUGUCUGUCCUUCAUUGUGUUUGUCUGCUAAAAAAAACCUUUGGAAGCGCCAUGGCAACCCUGACCAAUUGCAGAGAAGGAAAUCCUCCCCAUGACCUCUUUAUUGCCUAUGAAAAAUCUGGUGAGUAAUGCUGCCAGUGUUGCUAAGAGCCCAAAGAGACAAACAGUGCAACUGAUCU